AUGGACAGUGAGAGGUUAUUACUAUAUACUCCUCAUUAGAGCAUGUAGAGAGAGAAAGUGAAAUAUAGAGAUAUAGAGGGAGAGCUGUAGCUAGCUAUAGCAUUCUCUCUCUAGGAUAUAGAGAGAGAAUACAAGGGAAUGAGAAGGAGAAGGAGAAGAGAGGGAGUGUAGAAGAAGGGGGAAGGAGGCAGGAGUCCCUUUCCCCGCUCCGCUUGGCUUUUUGCCUACCCUCCUCUUCCUCUACACCUCAUACUCCUAGCUCUCUACCUCUCUAGCUAGCUAGCUAUAGGUAGCUAGCUAGUCCUCCUGCUACCUAGGGGGGCGACGCCGCCGGACGGGGAGGAGGCCAUGGCGUUCCACGGUCACCUCCCGCACGAGAUGACCAUGCAGGCGCUCGGCGCGGACGACGCGGCGGUGGCGGCGGCGGCGGCGGCGGGUGGGGUCGGGGCAGGCGGGGCGCCGGCGUGGAUGAGGUACAACGACGGGAGCUUCCUGCACCUGCAGACCACGUCGGACUCGUCGGCGUCGCCGUCUGGCGCUGCGGGCGGCGGCGGCUGCGGCGGCGGCGAGGACGCGGUGGCGGCCGCGAUGGGCGGCGGCGGCGAGGCGGACGCGGCGCGGUGCAAGGCGGAGAUACUGGCGCACCCGCUGUACGAGCAGCUGCUGUCGGCGCACGUGGCGUGCCUCCGCAUCGCCACCCCGGUCGACCAGCUCCCCCGCAUCGACGCGCAGCUCGCGCAGUCGCAGGGCGUCGUCGCCAAGUACUCCGCCCUCGCCGCCGCCGCCGCCGGGGACGACGGCCGCGAGCUCGACCAGUUCAUGACGCACUACGUCUUGCUAUUAUGUUCGUUUAAAGAGCAGCUACAGCAGCAUGUCCGUGUUCAUGCUAUGGAAGCAGUAAUGGCAUGCUGGGAACUUGAACAAAACCUUCAGAGUUUGACAGGUGCCUCGCCCGGUGAAGGCACGGGAGCAACCAUGUCAGACGGUGAAGAUGAUCAGGCAGAUAGCGAGGCAAACAUGUAUGAUCCAAGCUUGGAUGGAGCGGAUAACAUGGGUUUCGGCCUUCCCACAGAAAGCGAGCGAUCCCUAAUGGAGCGUGUCCGUCAAGAGCUAAAGCAUGAACUAAAGCAGGGUUACAAAGAGAAGCUGAUUGACAUAAGAGAAGAAAUUCUUCGCAAGCGAAGAGCGGGAAAGCUACCGGGAGACACGACUUCUACGUUAAAAGCUUGGUGGCAGUCUCAUGCAAAGUGGCCAUAUCCAACAGAGGAAGACAAGGCACGGCUAGUCCAAGAAACAGGGCUACAGCUAAAGCAGAUCAACAACUGGUUCAUCAACCAAAGGAAAAGAAACUGGCACAGUAACCCAUCUUCCUCCACCAGCGUCAAAACCAAACGCAAGAGGUGAUAACAAUUCGUAGCAGAUGAUCGCCGAGGGCUGAACACUAUGCUGGGUUACAGGGCAGGAGGAAUUCAUCCAAAGCAAUAGGAGGACAAUUGCUUAGAUCAGGAAAUGUUCUGCAAGAUCAGGAUCAGGAGCCGUAUAUUAGAGAACCAGUUAUAUUUUAUAGACAAAACUAAUUGCAAGUAAACAUAUAUAGUUCUGUAAGCGCUUGAUUUGAAGAAAAGGGGAAAUUUUUCCAAAGGGGUUGUAUAAAAUGGCGAAAUUUAUAUUUCAGUUUCUAGAUACCACUGGGUAAUACUGCUCAUAGCACUGGUGUUGAUGUUUUUGUUCUCCAUGCGUCGUAGACAAGCGGUUGAACCGUCCGCUUCAGACGAUUUUUUUCA